UAAUUAUUAGAUCGGUUGGCUGUUAGUAUGGCUUCGAUUGGGUAGUUGCUUUGCAUAUGGAAAUCUGGGUAAAGAAGGCACUACUUAAUCACUUACGUGUCUUACAAUCAUGCAAUAUUGAUCAAAGCAUUCAAUUUUAUGACCAUGACCGUGACAGUCCAAAAAGUGUAUCCACGCUAUCUAUCCAUCCCAUGGCCAAACCAGUCUAUAACUAUCCAUCCAGUCCCGGAUCCAUCAUGAGUAUAAAGAGAAAUAAAAGAACAAGAGCAAACCCAUAUGUACAUACAAUGCAUGCCGGAAGUGCAGUCAUUCAUCCAGUCAUCCAACCGGGUGGGGAAUUAGUUCGUAAGAAUCAAAACAGUGAUCGAUCAUCAUCAAGCACAACGCACAACUCCAAGCGAGUGCAGCCAAACAUAUAACAGUCAAGGUAUCAAGAAAUGGAAACCCCGGGAAAACAUCGAGGUCGGAUAAAUAAUCACAGAAUGCGCCAGAUCGGUAAUCAGAGAUGCGAAGGCGGUA